AUGGCACCCACAAACCUCCUAGCCGGCAAAACGGCCGUCAUCACAGGCGGCACGACUGGCAUAGGCCGUGCCAUAUGUCUCGAAUUCCUCCGGCAGGGCUGCAACGUCGCCGUGAACCACUUGGGUCUAGAGAAAGACAAGCCGCACCUGGACUCCCUCCUCGCAGAGGCCGACCAGCUCAAGUCCUCCGCCGCAGCAGCAGGGGCAGGGCAGGCCGUGGGCAGCCUCGCCCACCUCCCAGGAGACGUGACGGACCCAGAAACAGGCACCAAGCUCGUGGCCUUCGCGCUCGAGACCUUCUCGACGGGGCGGCUGGACGUCUGCGUGAGCAACGCGGGCAUCUGCACGUUCGCCGAGUUCCUGGACCUCCCAGCGGAUCUGUACAGCCGCACGGUGCGGACGAACCUCGACGGGGCCUUUUACGUGGUGCAGGCGGCAGCGCGCCAGAUGGCGCUGCACCAGUCCCCUCCCGGCGGUUCCGUCAUCGGCAUCUCCUCCAUCAGCGCGCUCGUCGGCGGCGGGGGCCAGACGCACUACACCCCGACCAAGGCCGGCAUCCUGUCGCUGAUGCAGAGCACCGCGGUGGCGCUGGGCAAGUACGGGGUGCGGUGCAACGCGCUGCUGCCCGGGACGAUCAGGACGCAGCUCAACGACGAGGACCUGGCGGACGAGGCGAAGCGGACGUAUAUGGAGGGCAGGAUACCGCUGGGCAGGACGGGGGACACGAGGGACCUGGCGGGGCCGGCUGUGUUCUUGGCCUGUGAGGAGCUGAGCGGGUAUGUGACGGGCGCGCAGCUCCUGGUCGACGGCGGGGCGUUUGUGAAUUUUCAGUAG